CAACGCGCCGCUCGCCCUCGCGAUCCGCGCGGGGCAUAUAAAGCCUGAUAGCGCUACGUUCCUCGCGUGAAUCGUUCCUUGCCUCCUACCCCUGCAUUCCCUUCCCUAACCUUUUGCCCUCGAUUUCACCCGAGCACGACCGCGACGAUGCCCCUCCUCACGGCGCGUCUGGCGCACUUUGCGCGUGCAUCUACCUCCAGCUCAUUCACCUCUACUUCCUUCACCACCCCCCUCACCCUCGCCCGCACCCUCGCGACCAUCUCCUCCACCCCAUCCUCUCCCACCUCUCCCUCCUUCCACAUCCCCGUGAUCGACUUCAGCAAGUUCCGCGCCGCGGCGACGCCCGCGGAGAAGAAGGCGACCGCGGGCGAGAUCGUCGGCGCGCUGAAGGGCGCGGGGUUCAUGUACCUCGCGAAGCACGGGAUACCCGAAGCGACGGUGGAGCGGGCGUUUGCGGAGAGCAGGGGGUUCUUUGGGAUGCCGAGGGAGAGGAAGGACCGGCUCGCUUGGGCAGACCCGCGGUCGAACCGUGGCUAUGUUGCUGUAGGUCGGGAGCGCGUGACGCAGAGCCAGGACGCGGCAGCCAUCGCGGCGAUGCGUGAGAAGGCGCCGGACUACAAGGAGAGUAUGGAGAUCGGCCGCGACUGGGACUCCGUAUGGCCGAACCAAUGGCCAACCGAUGAGGAGCUUCCCACCUUCAAGCCGUUCAUGCUGCAAUUCUUCCAGACGUGCCACGAGUUGCACAUGGUUGUUAUGCGCUCGAUUGCUCUCGGCUUGGAUCUGCAGGAGGACUUCUUCGACGACAAGAUUGACAAGCAGUGCCACAACCUUCGCCUGCUGUCUUACCCGCCUAUCAAGCGGGCAAUUUUGGAUAAGGACACCGACCAGGCCCGCGCUGGCGCGCACAGCGAUUACGGCACCUUGACACUCCUCUUCCAGGAUCAAGUAGGCGGCCUGCAGGUCCAGAACCCGCACACGGGUGAAUACCUUCCGGCGACGCCCAUUCCGGGCACGAUCGUCAUCAACGUCGGCGACCUGCUCUCGCGAUGGAGCAACGACGUCCUGCGGUCGACCCUCCAUCGCGUCGUUGCGCCGCCUGCGCAGGCGAUCAGUGAGACGGAGGCGAUGACGCCGGCCAGGCAGUCGAUUGCGUUCUUCAGCAAUCCGAACUUUGACGCAGAGAUUGAGUGCCUGCCGAAUUGUGGGACGACGCCGAAGUACCCGCCGGUCAACACCGAAAAGUACAUUGUCGGGCGCCUGGCGGAUACCUAUGUUUGAGGGAUCAGGGUAGUUAGGACUACGCGAUGUAUACUUGGAUUAUGGGCAUAGGAACCUUGCACAGGGGCUGCUGCUGCCCGGAUCGCUGUUGAUCGGAUAUGCGACGCGUCCUGGUCACGACACCGCGGUUGUGGCGUUGACGUCACGUGUCGGCGUCUGAUGGGCCAUCGGAGGCAUAAAAAUGGGCUGGUAGUUGGUGUCCG